AUGGCAGACCAGGACAAGAUUUCGUUCAGGGCCUAUGAUGGCGAGAGCGAUGAUCUGAAUGAGAUCAUCAACCUGAUGGAGUCUGAACUCAGCGAACCUUAUAUCAUCUACACAUAUCGAUAUUUUUUAACUGGCUGGCCGCAGCUAUGUUUUCUAUGUUUUUCACAAACGCAUGAUAAAGGUGAAGAGCCGGGACAUCCUCCUCAGGCGAUUGGUGCGAUAGUGUGCAAGCAGGACGUCCAUCGUGGUAAGCUCAAUAGAGGUUACAUAGCCAUGUUAACAACUAAGAAAGAAGCACGGAAGAAGGGGAUCGCUCGUGAAUUGGUCCAGAUGGCAAUGCAACGUAUGAUCGCAGAUGGUGCCCAAGAAAUUGUACUGGAAACUGAAUACGAUAACGCAGCUGCCCUAGCAUUUUACCAGAAGCUUGGAUUCAUCAGAGAGAAGAGGUUAUGUGCAUUUUACUUGAAUCACAAGGAUGCCUUCCGACUAGUAUAUCCGAUCCCCAUGUGUCCUGAAAAUCAAGAGGAAGAUCCUUACAGCUAA